AUGGGUCGCGAACUCCAGAAGAAGAAGAACAAGUCUUCCAUCCCCAAGAAGCGCCAGAAUGGCCCGUCCAAGAAGAAGAUUCUGCAGAACCCCAUCAUAGCCAAGCACUGGAACCAGAAAGAAACUCUAUCGCAAAACUACCGCCGUCUCGGUCUCACAGCACGCCUCAACCACGCAACGGGUGGUACCGAGAAGACGAUUGCCCUGCUCGGCCUCAACGACGCAAAUUCCUCGCGCGCCGACAUAGCCGCUGGUAGCACCGCCGAUGCCCUGAACAUCGUAUCCAAAGCCAAAAAGCCCGAGAACAUCCCCACUGAGGAGAUCGAAGUCGAGCGCGACCCCGAGACCGGUGCCAUUCUCCGCGUAACAGGCACCCUAGAGAAGAAGGACAACCCACUCAACGACCCGCUCGUCGAGAUCGAGAAUGAAGACGAGGACAUAGAAUGGAAUGGUUUCGCCAUGGUGCCCGAGCAAAGGGGUGGCGAAACAGAGAACCCAGUCAUCAGAGAACUAGAACAGGCGGCGUUGAACGGUGCGAAGAAGGCUCCCCGAGGCCAGAGUCAGCGUGAGCAAGAGUGGGUUGAGCGCUUGUAUCUUACGGCUUACCAGCGAUGA